GCUGUCAUUGCGCACAUGUUCGAGGACUCGGGGAUUUACGGAAGCUCUUCGGCUCUUUCCGCCAGCAUAGGGGAAACUCCGCCUCCGGGUUUAGGUUUGCAGCCAAUGAGGAGGCAGGAGCUAAGGCAGAGUGUGUGGAGACUGCUGUGUGUCGGCGCAUGCGUACUGUCCCCCUCCCCCGCUCUAAGUCUUGUGUGCGAUGUCUGGGCUGGAGAGUGGGAUUUAAAGAUGGCCGGAGCGGCUCCAGUGUACUGUGUGUGCCGGCAGCCGUAUGAUGUGAGCCGCUUUAUGAUCGAGUGUGACAUCUGCAAGGACUGGUUCCACGGCAGCUGUGUCAAAGUUGAGGAGCACCAAGCGGCUGAUAUCGACCUGUAUCAUUGUCCCAACUGUGAAGUUCUUCAUGGACCGUCGCAAUUAAAGAAGAGACGGAACUGGCAUAGACAUGACUACACCGAGUCUGACGAUGGGGCCAGGCCGGUCCAGGCAGGAACAAGGACUUUUAUACAGGCGCUUCGGGCACGGUCGUUCCCAUGCGCUGAUGAUCUCCUCCUGAGGAUGAAUGGGAGUCAGCUGACACAGAGGUACCUGGAGAAACAAGGCUUCAACCUUCCUAUUAUGGUGCCCAGGUUGGAUGACUUGGGCCUCAGGCUGCCGCCUCCUACUUUCUCAGUGAUGGAUGUGGAACGAUACGUAGGUGGGGAAAAGAUCGUCGACGUCAUCGACGUGGCCAGGCAAGCGGACAGCAAGAUGAAGCUGAAAAAUUUCGUCAAGUAUUUCAUGAACCCCGCCCGCCCCAAAGUAUUAAACGUCAUCAGCCUGGAAUUCUCCGACACCAAGAUGGCGGAUCUGGUGAAGGUGCCGGACAUCAGCAAGAAGCUGUCUUGGGUGGAAAACUACUGGCCCGAUGAUUCGCUCUUCACCAAGCCCUUCGUCCAGAAGUAUUGCCUGAUGGGAGUCAAGGACAGUUACACCGACUUCCACAUAGAUUUCGGAGGCACUUCGGUCUGGUAUCAUGUCCUGUGGGGGGAGAAGAUUUUCUACUUGAUAAAACCCUCCGAUGAAAACCUGGCACUGUAUGAAUCCUGGAGCUCUUCCAUUGCCCAAAGCGAGGAGUUUUUCGGGGACAAAGUGGACAAAUGCUACAAGUGUGUCGUUAAACAAGGGCACACGCUGUUUGUCCCGACAGGUUGGAUCCACGCUGUUCUCACGUCUCAGGACUGCAUGGCCUUUGGUGGGAACUUUCUGCACAAUCUGAACAUUGGCAUGCAACUCAGGUGUUACGAGAUGGAAAAAAGGCUGAAGACUCCCGAUCUCUUCAAGUUUCCUUUUUUCGAGGCAAUUUGCUGGUUUGUGGCCAAAAAUCUCCUGGAAACCUUGAAAGAACUAAGAGAAGAUGGAUUCCAUCCUCCAAACUACUUAAAGCACGGGGUGAAAGCACUUAUUUCUGCACUGAAGGGCUGGAUGAAGAAAGAGUCUGUAGCAGAACACGCGUUUGAAAUCCCAGAUAACGUCAGACCUGGGCAUCUCGUCAAAGAGCUUUCAAAAGUUAUUCGCUCGGUCGAGGAGGAAGGGAACAGGCCGGUCAAAUCUCAGGGAAUUCAUGGCCUCUGCCCACUCUCCCAGCCCUCGCACGAGAAAUCCCCGCAUCAUUCCGGGCGCAAAGCGCGGCGGCUUCGGGAUCAUUCCACCAAACCCCCCUCCAACCUCGAUAUCCUGGAGCAACAUACGCGGGAGGUUCUGAAAAGGCUCGAAAUGUCCCCGUGGGAAGAGGACGUGGGCACCUAUAAACUGAAUAUCAGCUUCAAUAAGCCUCUGCAGCCGUCCUCAACAGUGCCUGACCAGAAAGCGAAGGAUAGCGGCGUCCGCCUUGUGCUCUCCAAUGGGAGGAUUAUCCGUGAUGAAAAGCAGACGUUUACCGACCGGAGCCUCUAUACGGCAGACAGUGAAGAUGAGGAUGAUCGGGGGAGGUGGAGGAAGGCCAAGGAGAUGGGGCAGGAGAAGCCGUGCUCCACGUCUGGGACGGAGGAUAAAUCGGAAACCCAGAAACCACUUAACAUGUUCUUUGAAAGUGUCAAGUCGGAGCUCAGAAAUGGAUCCUCCGAAUAUUCCGAUAUUUCUGAUUCCGAUGGAUCUGACGACAGUUGCACUAACCAGCAGAAACACUUCUCCGAGGAAUCGGAAAGCUCAGGUGAUGAGGAGGAGGAGCGGCCGGAACCUAUUCGUGUCUUUAAAGAGGAACACAGUGGGAGAAGAUUGCCCUGUGACCCUAAUUUCCAGUGGCCUGAUCCUGAUUCUCCCCAGAAAAGCGAAUGUCCUACCUCGACCAGCAUGGAACAAGAAGCUGUACAAGGAAUGCUCUCCAUGUCGGCAUUGCACUACCCCCCCGCUCUCCCCACCCUCCCACCCAGCUCAGACUGUAAGACUACGGGGAGUUACCCCCAACUGCACAUCAACGUCUCCCAGGGAAACCGGGAGGAGCAUCUGGAUUCCCACAGCCCGAAUACUGGUCACCACGUGAGAGAUGAAGGAGAUCUGUGUAGGUUGGACUGGAUGCGGCAACAGGAGUCUCCGUGCAGAACAAGCCGUCAAGAUUCAUAUCAACUUCCAAAACCCUCGCGGGGAGGUUCGUACGAGGACUACGAGACGUCCCAGAAGGACCAGGGCUACUUGGAGCUCGAGCGCUGGGAGUCGCGGCAAUAUCAGCCUGACAAAUACGACCCCGAGUCCAGCGCGAGUUCCAGCGAGUGUCACCUGAGCGACGGCAGCCUCAGUCCUACCAGGAUAUACGGGGACCCCUCGAUGGCCCUGCCCCUGCACCCCACAAAGAGACCCGCCUCCAACCCUCCUCCUAUCAGCAACCAGGCAACUAAAGGUAAACGGCCAAAGAAGGGCAUGGCGACGGCUAAGCAACGACUCGGGAAAAUCCUGAAGCUCAACCGCACCGGCCACACCCGCUUCUUUGUCUGACGCCAAGACGCCACUUACCCUUUAAUCCUGCGCAUAACAGUAUUGGGGCGACCCGAGGCCCGUCACCCAAUAAGCACUGCCGCAAGAACAAAGAUGUCCGCUCUUACACUCACGCCCACUCAGCAAUAACCACAGAACGAUCACGCCUGGACUUUUCGGGGGGUCGGCGACCCAUUAACAGACGACACUGUUCCUUUUUUAUCAUUUGCAUUUUGGAUGGUUCGAUAAACAAGGAGCCAAGGGCUUGGGGUCGAUGGUCUUCAAUAAUUUAUUUCUAAAUAAUUUUUUCCCAUUUCUAAAAAAAAACAUAAAAAAUAUUUAUUUCAAAGACGCUCUGAUUUUUUUGUUUGGAUUUUAAGCAAUGUGAAGGUUUUUAUUUGACUUUGAUGGGGUUUAAUUGUUAUUUGCGAGGUGUGCGGCGAAACCACUGGGGAGAAGGACAAGGGGGGGGUUUCAUUUUAACCUCGAUAUUCAGGUUGGUUUCUUAAACAGGGAUUUUUUUUGUAAUUAUUUUUAAAUUAAUAUGAAAUCCAUAUUUUUAUUUUUGCUAUCAAUGUUUUCUUUUGUUUUCUGUGCUGAUUUUAAUCAAUAAGCUGUCGGCUCAGGGGCAGCCGGGUGUCAGUCAACACUGUAUUCUGUUUUAUUAUGGGGAGGGGGCGGGGUUUAAUGGACCUUCCUGGAAGACGCAAGGGCUACGCCAUCUUGGUGAGGGAGGGGUGCUUUUUUUUGUUGUUGUUUUUGUUACUAUUUUGGCAUAUACAAAAAAAAAACCUAGUGUCUUGGCUCUUUGGGGCAGGUUCUAUGAUUUGUGUUGGUGCUAUGAAACAAAGGGCAAGUUAACCUCUCAGACUCUGCAACUAAAAAACAUUAACGGACUUUACUUCGUCGGACAAUUGGCGAUUAUUUUUGUUUUAGUCUCCAAAGAGAAGAAACGUCGCUACACUAACGACUCAAAGGCUUCGUUUGUAUUUGUUUUGUUUCCUUUUUUGGAAAAGCUUUAAAGACAUCGCAGCCUUUUUUUUUAUACAAUAACUAACGAGGAUCUCAGGGUAAUUAAUUAAUUGCGGCGGAAUGUGUUUUUUACAUAGGAAACCUGCAGUCCGAAUGCGACCAUCUCUCUUCCAUCAACCACUCGGUAUUAAACAUUGUCUCCAGCGUUUCUCUCUUUAUUUCUUCAUUUCCAUGUUUUGUGUUUCUUUUAUUGUGUGUGUGUGUGUCGCACAUCUCUCUGCCAGUUGAAACAAAUGCCAGUUUUGAUUCCCCCUGUACAUAAUGCUGAUUUUAGAUUUUUGUAUUUUCUGUAAUAUAAAAUUAAAUAUUUAACUUCCCCUUUAA